AUGACUCGGACAGAAGACCUAGUUGAUGGUUACCGGCUGGAGAAUAUGAAAGAAUAUGUCCCCGUGAAACAUCGCCUUCUAGCGCUUCUUCUAGCAUGUCUUAUUAUGGUCAACAACCAGUUGACUGCGUUUUCUCAAUUUCUGGACAACUCCUUGGCCCAUCUCCGGCGAGCGCUCUUCAGACCCCCACCUCGUGAUCACGACAGAGACGACCGCCACGCACCCAAGACCUUGGAUGCCGAGAUGGAGUACAGGUCGUCAUCUAUCAAUACGGCGACAUCCGUAGCAGAUGAGACUGACGCCAGAAUCAUCUCCCCCGAAGGAUUAUCUCCUUCCACUUUAACAUCCUACGUUCUUCUAUUUGAAACCGGUAAUCACUGGGCAUCGCCUAUGCACGAGAUAUCCAACGCCUCACCGGCAAGCGCGCUCCGUGUAAUAAACAUUCCAGUGGGCUUAGGAGACGAUAAAUUAUUUGAAACUCUGCGAUUUCUUCAUCGGUCGAAGACACAGACUUUCCAGGAAUAUUUGCGGCUAUUCUUCUCAUUCAGUCAAUAUCGCCUUGAUCUUAUGAAGGCAAGUAGUUUCCAGUGUGCCACCAAAGUUGGCGUGUUAGCUAUUUUUAACCUGUCAUAA